UUAACCGAUAAAAUAGAUCUCGCUCCGUAUAUAUUUUCUUAUUGUAUUCACCACCAUUAAACCACAUAAAAAUACAGAACCAUAAUUGACAGUGUUUUAUUUGUUUGAGCCUCAAGUAGCGAUUGAAAAUGUUGGGUGGAUCAACUCAGGGUUAUUACUGGAGGGAUUACACAGGCAUGAUACCAGAAGACGCUGUGGAGGGAGGACAUGAUAAGAACAAUAUCCCAACUUAUAUUGGUCAGGUCUAUGUUCACAACUUCGGAAUAUCUACAGUUACAAUAUAUCCAGGCAAAACAUGUGUCACACUUAGUGUUGAAAAUUUUGACGUCUGGAACUAUAUAAAGAUCUUAUGCAGUCCCUUUAAAGAAAAUUUCAAAUGGGUUUCAGCAGACGCAAAAAGACUUCAUGUUCAAAUGACCGGUAAACAUCUGGUACCAGGUGGUGUGGAAUGGAAUGGCCUGGUGACCAAUAUCGGCAGAAUAUUAUACCAAGGUGAGCUGUUGGUGGCCAAAGUUUGCGGAUUCAAUGUUGGAAAUGCUAAACUCUACUAUCGGAUCGGAAAUGGACAAAAGGAUACAGAUUACUAUGAAAUUUUAACAUACGAUGACGAUGGUCCAGAUCCAGGUUCUAUCAUCCAACCUCGAUGAAAACGAAAUUCAAUAAUGAAUAAAAAUUAAUGCUGUUAUUCAUUUUCAUCAAAUUAAUUAUAAUAGUUUUUCUUAUUCAAACUACAUAGUUGUACAUUGCAAACACCAAAUAUAUAAUAAAUAAGUAUGAGAUCGAUAGAAAAAUUUGUUACAAUUAGUUGUGGUGCUAAUGCAUUCAGAAGAAAAUAUCUGUUUAUCAAAUUAAACUUAGAAGUGGCAAUAAACAAUAACAAUAAAUAAUUUUAAAAUCAAAAUAUUA